AUGUCUGUUGUAGCCUUUCAUAUCCUUCUAUUCUCCUCAAUCCUUUGGAUUACAUUUGCCUUCAACAAUAUUCCUAUAGAAAUUGAGAAAUGCAAAAAAGGGCAAUGGUUUGUCAGAAAUUUUAUUGUGUUUACAUGUCUGAACACUGAUGCUAGACGAGAGCUCAAGCCUUUUGCUUGCGACCCAAAUAAUGGAAAGUUUGGGAAAAGUCGAAAGCGUCCAGUAUUUCUGAGAGAAAUCCACAAAGCUAGUGGAUUUAUUUAUGAGUGUGCUAUCGACAAACACACUGGCGCUGUGGUAUGGAAAGCUAUUGCCUGCUACAUAAAUGAUGAGAAGUUUGGCCCCGGAACAUUUGUCAAAGGACGAUACGAUUCUGUUUAUUUAUGCUACAAGGAUACUGAUGGCAUAUUGAGAAUUCGAAUGAGAAAACGUAUGAACAGCUCGCUUUAUUAUAAACCUACAGAUUACAAUGAAAUACAUAAUACCACAAAAGCUCCAAUCUAUGAACAUCCAAAAAUCGAUCCAUUCGACUUGCUUCGCUCCAUUAAAGGUUAUGUAAAUCCUGAAGACGUCACAUUGGCUCCAGAACCGGUAUUGCAACCAAGCGAUAUACUUGUUUAG